AGACAAGAUAAGGGUACCAUCACAUUAUUCCAUUUCCAGCAAACCAGUAUAGGAUUGCCCUGCAUCACACAGCCUAGUAACAGCUUCAAUCAUGUCUGCAUACAUUCCUAACGUGUCUCGAGUAUCUGAACUUGUAUGGAGAGUUUUGGGAGACAAUGCUAGUCUCGGUCAUCUGCAAGGGACUAAUUGUUACCUGGUUGGCUCUGGGAACAGGAGAGUGUUGAUCGACACUGGUGAAGAAAACAAACCUGAAUUUCUCAAGAAUCUGAGGAAUACUCUGGCUGAGAAUGGGACGUCAAUACAAGAGAUUCUUCUAACUCAUUGGCAUCACGAUCAUGUAGGUGGCAUUGAUGAUAUCUUUCAAGAACUUCAGUUAGAGAAUAAUGUCAAGGUUUCAAAGCUGCCUCGCCACCCAUAUCAAGCAGAAACAAUCAAUGGAGAUAAGCUCACAUACAACUACCUUCAAGAUGGAGAGAAGGUCACAACAGAGGGCGCUACAUUGAGGGUUGUCUACACACCCGGCCAUACUGAUGACCAUAUGGUGUUAGUACUAGAGGAGGAGAAUGCUGUCUUUACUGGUGAUUGUGUGUUGGGAGAAGGCACAGCUGUGUUCGAGGACCUGUAUACAUACAUGAAAUCGCUGGAAUUGCUCGUCUCCAUCAACCCCUCUCGGCUUUACCCUGGCCAUGGUCCCAUAGUGGAUGACGCCGUGCCCAAGCUCCAGAUGUACAUUGACCAUCGUAACCUGCGGGAGAGCCAGAUCAGUGCGGUCCUUCGGGAACACGAUGGUAAAGACAUGGAUGCCAUGGAUCUGGUCAAGAUCAUCUACACCGAAACACCAGAGAUCCUUCACCCUGCUGCUGCAAGGAAUGUCUCACAUCAUCUAGAGAAAUUACAGAAAGAAGGAAAGAUUGUGAGGGUGGCAUCAGAUGAGAAGUUCCGUUGGAAAAGCAACUUAUGAGGGCGCUGUUUGUUAUCACGGACACUGCAAGUGAAGGGAACUUUGCUCCAGCAGAGAUAUCAGAUGUGUAUUCUAUCAUCAAGAUGAAGAGAGAUGUAACACACUAAAUGAAUGAUUUUUAAAAAGAAACAGGAAAUUAUUUUGCUCUUCCAGAGAUGAAAGGGACCUUACCAGAAGUAUGUGCUGUGUCUUACUGCAGAAGUCCUGUUAUUAAGACAGCGUUGUGGCCCCGUGGAUUAGUCUCCAGACUUUGAAACAGAGGGUCGUGGGUUCAAAUCCCAGCCAUGGCGUAGUUUCCUUCAGCAAGAAAUUUGUCCACAUUGUGCUGCACUCAACCCAGGUGAGGUGAAUAGGUACCUGGCAGGAAUUUAUUCCUUGAAAUGCCGAGUGCUGGAAGCUAGCUGCUUGAGCUACAGCCGGGAUAAUAAUAUCCAAGUCCUUUGAAAGCGCAUAGAGACGUUAUUCAUAAUGUGUUAUGCGCUAUACAAGAACUGACUAUUAUUAUUAUUAUCUCUUUUACUGCUGCUUUCCUUGCAUUCACCAUUUUGUUGUUUGAUAAAUAUGAGGAACAUCGAUGAAGAGAUUCCUUGCGGAUUCUUGUGUGAAAGGCACUACCCUGGCUUUUGGUAAGGUGCCCGUAAGUUUGAAAGAGAAUGAAACUGUCUAAAGCAGGGAUGCCAGUCUUUGGGCUCUUUGCCUGCUUUAGGCCCUGAAAACUCCCCAUCCUUUUUAGGCUUUUCAUUAUAAAGCCUACAUGGGGCUUUGAUUUGUUCAGGCAUCUGUUCAGUCCCAGUGACUGACUGGCAUCCCUGCUAUUAAAGUGACUGCUUGUAAAAGAUGAGAUGAAAUAAAAAAAGGAUAUGAGUGUGUGAUAUAAAGAUUGCAUUCAAAUUUCAUUAUCAAGAUCUUUAAAGAAUUAUAUUGUGUAUAGACAAGGCUCUAAAAUGAUAAGGUAUUGGAAGACAAUGAAAAUAAAAGAGAAUGUCAUUGAAAAGUUGAUGAAAAUGAUAUAUUCAAAAUUCUAGAAAAUCAAUAUUCAUUUAUUGAAUGGGCCGUUCUCAGAAAUCUAGUCUUUAUGUACAGUCUCUAAUUUAAUUUUUACCAACUCUAUGAAUCUUGAGAAAAAUCAAGCCCAAAUGCCUGUAUUUGCUCAUCAAUUGCUAAGUGAAUUCAGUGAAGCUCAUUCAAUAUUCAAACCACUAGAGUAUGUUCUCACAAACCAGGGCAUGGUGACUGCAAACCAAUAAUCAGAUUUGAUAUGGUGCUUCUACAAAUCUUGAGCCAAGGAGGCACAGGAUGCAUGUGCGUGUUCCCCCCCCCUCAUCUCCUUGUUGUGCAUUGUGAUAGCCUUUAGAUAUUGGCACACUUUCUGGAGAGAAAACCCUUCCCCAAACUGGUCCUAUCACUUUUGGGGCAAUGCGCCAAAUUAAUCUUAGACAAAUCUCUAUUUUACACCCCGCUAUAGUUAUUUAAAUGUAAGAGAAUUCUUAAAAUAGUCAUUUAGAUUUUUCUCAAAUUGAUAUCCUCUAUAGUGUAAGUACAUUUAUUGAUGCAAUUUAUGUUAUAUUUAUGAUUGUCAACUGGUUUGCCAAAAAUCCAUAAAUGUAAACAAGUGCCUCAAGUUGCUUACAUGUAUAAAUUCAUGAAAUCAACUCUAAAACCCAUGUCCUUUGUUGUUAAAAUAAUUGGUGAGUAAUAAUUUGAGGAACGUGAGUAGUUUUUUUCUUUAAGUCUUUGCGCGUUGAUGUUGCAAUCUUGCACAUUCGUACAAAUAAAUACAUCAAUAGUAAUAAUUAGUUUUCUCCCCUACCUUCAAAUUAGAUAAGCUAAUAAAAGGCAAUAGUUCUUGGAUAACAUCUAGAUAAUAAUAAGUAUCAAUGGUGCAAUAUGGAAAUCUUGAGUUAAAGGAAAUAACAUGGAAACAAUUGUCAUUAUUAUCCCAAAAAAAACUUAAUUCAGCGUGCAAAGAGUUAAUGAAAUGUUUUAUUGUUUCAAAUCUAUAAGUUUUGAGAACAAUUUUCAUUUGUGUGCAUCUUUCUCUGUAUUCAUCAUUCCUCCACUUUCAUUUCUAAAAAGUCAAGACAGUUCAUAUCAUUCAUUACCUUUAAAAUUGUAAAGUAGAUAUCUACAACCAUGUGAAAUCACCAUAGAUACAAUGAAUAUAAGGUUAUCCCCAACUUGCAAUACUCCAUAAAGUACAUCACUUGUAUUGUUCAGAAUAACUAUCCAAAUGUAGAGAGUGAAUUAUAUUGAUCUUAUUGAUUAGAAUUUAGCUUUUUUAUUAUUUUUUUUUAUUUUUUUUAUUUCCAGGCAAAAGACAAAAAGAAUAUGUACAAGAGGGAGAAAUUACCACCGACUAGUGCCUGAGGAUGACUAAAAGAAAAACUAGUUUCUGUUAUGAAGCUCUCCUCACUAGUCGGGGUUUACAAAUAUACAAAAAUAAAAUCGGUAUAAAAUGGCAAUAUAUGUUUAGAUGCAUUAAAAAACAGUGAUAUGAAAGGGAAUUCCUAGGCUUUUUGUUCAUACCUUUCUACCUAUGCCACUGACAUCAUAUAUGACUGUCUGAAUAAAUGAAUGUGGAAACCUUUAGGUAGAGAUGAGUAUUUGUAAUGAUGCUCCUGCCUAGACCAGUUGGUAUAUCCUGAAGUUUGUGUAUCCUUUACUGUGCUCCAGUGCAUGCAGUACCCCCUCUACAUGUUUCACAGUCGUGUUCCACUAACUGUCCUGGGGGCCGUUUCAUAAAGCUGUUCGUAAGUUGAGAACGACUUUAAGAACGACUGGUGAACCUUUCUGACGCGCAAAACAAUCACCAAUGAACAAUGGUGAAUACCUUUUACCACAAGAAAGGAUCACCAGUCGUUCUUAAAGUCGUUUUUAACUUACGAACAGCCUUAUGAAACGGCCCCCUGAUUUUCAACUUUCAAAACCGCAACAACAAAAACUGCCAUAGACACAUUCAUGCCCCAAAGUCCUUGAUACAUCUUUAAUGGCCCAAUCCUUUGGGGUUACAGUUGCUAAAAUACAGGACUUUCAGAGGGAACUGCCUUCUUGACACCCGCAUGGCGGUCUGCUCCUGGACCCCGCCGGGGCUUAGUCAGUCCCCUGGACCCCCUGGCCAUAGGUUGUUUGGGUUUUGCAUUUCUAAAUGUUGACGGGUAUGCAAUAGUCUAGUCAACAACAAUGUUUAUUUAAGCGCCUUGAGCAGUCGUAGAUUGAGGAAGCGCUAUAUAAAUGACAAUUAUUAUUAUUGUUGGUAUUGAUGAGAAGCUGAGGAGUUACUCUUUAAUAUUCUGGUAAAUUUAUUAAAAUAUUCAUUAAUAUUUAGGUACAAGCUCUAAAAGUUAGAUUUACCCUUUUGUCAUGCAAGCUUUCUUUACAUUGGUACAAGCGUGCUGAUCAUGUGGUACUAUUUGGUGAUGGUAAUUUGUGGAUGACAGCAGUAGAAUGAUUGAUAUAUGUAAUAUAACAAAGUAUUUUAUUAAAUAUUGAAAUUCCAUAUAUUA